UUUUUUUUUUUUAAAAAAAAAAAAAAAUCUUUAGAUUAACAUGUUAAAAUCAACAAUAAAAACGCCUAAAAAUAAUAGGCAAAAGAAAAGCAAAAAUGAAAAAAACGAGAGGAGAAGACAUAAACGCAUUGAAAAACAAUUGAAUUCGUCAAAACCUCCACGGUCACCAAAUCGUUUCAUUCUUUACCGUAAACAUAUUCAAAAUAGGAUCAAUACCGAUCCAAAUAAUCCUGCUAAUAUGAGGGAUUUAUCAAAAAUGGUUGCUCGAAUGUGGGAAAAAGAACCUCCUGAAAUAAAACAAUACUGGGAUCAAGAGGCAGAACGUACUAAGUUAAAUUCAUCUUAUAGGUCGUCUUUUGACGUUAUUAAUGGACUGGAUAUGUCCAUUUCAGAAUCGGAUAUUACUUUUGUUAAUGCUACUGCGUCAUCAUCACAAUCUACGACCAAAAAGAGUAGAAAGACUAAAAGUACUACCACUUCAAUCAUCGCCAAUCCAAUCUUAGCAGAGAAUUUCAUCAUGGAAUCUCCAGAAUCGAAUAUUCCUCAAAUUCCU